AUGGUUAUUCCAAAGUUCUUCAGAAUCAACAGUUCUCCGGAAGUCCUCACCAUGUGGUUGGACGAGAGUGAGUUGGGUCCAGGAGACGUCGACAUGAUUCUUCACAAUGUAACACGUGAAGAGUGGCGAGCCUUGCCACCUCGGGGCUUACACAGACCUCGGCAUCCCUUCAAGUUGGUACUGGACCACUACACGUACACCGAGCCUUGCUACAGCUACCAACAGUGUAUGCGAGAGGUACAGCAGAUGCAGCGACAACAUAUGGAUGAGGGGUUCAGUGAUAUUAAAUACCACUUCCUGAUAGGAGGGGAUGGUAACGUAUAUGAGGGACGAGGGUGGGGGAAAUGCUCGUCGAGAGCUCUGCGGACCUUUGUCAAACUAUGGAGAAGGCGGCUGGACAUUGCAUUUAUCGGCGACUAUACAGAAAAGAAAAUACCUGACAUAAUGCAAACUCGAUACGAACAUAUAAUUACGUACGGGGUUCACUUUAACAUGAUCAGAAUAUUUUGCAACAGACUGCAUGUGGGGAAAAAUAUCAUGGACUACGUUCCUCUUGAAUGCGAAGUGAGAAGAACAACCAGAAAGAAGCCACCUCGAUCAGAGAGACCUCGUAAGAAAAAGAAAAAGAAGCCUAAAGAAUCCUCGGAUCUUUCAUUUCACUCCAACACUGAUCUCAAUACAGACACUGCAGAUUCCCCGGAUACAUCGGAUAGAGAAGAACUUCCGUUCACAUCAACGUACGAGUCAUCUGAUUCUACGGAAACAUCAGAUUCUACGAAAACAUCAGAAUCUACGGGUAAAUCUGAUUCCAAACGUGAAUCCGACUCUUCAAGUGCAUCUGAUGAUAUAGGUGUAACCAAGUCAGAAAUAUAUUCUUCAGAAACUACGGCACCGGAAGAAUCAGGUGAUAAUGACAACGAGUACGAAGAAAAGUAUGAUCCUCAGAAAGAGCUUAGGAAAAUAGCUGAUAAAGUAGAUAAGGAAAGUAAGAUUCGUGGAGAGCCCAUAGAACUGUUUAGCUUCUCCUAGAUCUGUU